AUGCACCAAAGGACCCACACAGGUGAGAAGCCCCAUCAGUGUGACAGGUGUCCCAAAGCAUUCUGCUCUAAGUCCCUCCUCACGGUCCACCUGCGACACCACACGGGUGAGAAACCCUACGAGUGUCAGGAGUGCAGGAAGGCUUUCUAUUCCGCAUCCAGCCUCCGUGUGCACCGGAAAACGCACACAAAUGAGAGGCCCUAUGAGUGUGCGCACUGUAAGAAGAUGUUCAAAUGCGCUUCAUACCUCUCCAUCCAUCAGAGGAUUCAUACCGGUGAGAAGCCCUACCAGUGUUCUGAAUGUGGCAGAGCCUUUGUGUGGAAGUCAUGCCUCACCGUCCACCAGAGAGCUCACAGCAGUCAGAAGCCCUACGAGUGUGAGGUGUGUAAGAAAGCAUUCAAAGCUCUGAAGUCCUUGCAUGUGCACCAGCGACGUCACGUGGGUCAGAUGGCCCUGUGA